AUGCAGUUAUGGCUGCUUAUAACCUGUAUCGUCGUGUGUGGGAUUCUGAGUGGCCUGUUCUCAGGCCUCUCCCUCGGAAUAAUGAUGCUAGAUACGCUUCAGCUGAACCUGCUUAUCCUCGUGUCCGAAAAAGACAAGAAGGAGCUCAACAACGCCAAAAACGCCAGGAAGAUCCUCCCACUACGUAACAACACAAAUGAGAUCCUCGUGACAUUCAUCGCAGCCAAUGUUAUGGUGAAUUCUGCCUUCAGCUUGCUCCUCAGUGAGCUGACGGACGGUAUUACAUCGUUCAUCAUUUCGACAGUGAUCAUUACAAUUUUCGGGGAAAUAAUUCCGCAGUCCAUUUGCUCUAAGCACGGGCUGGCCAUCGGGGGCUUCUUCGCUCCUCUCAUUCACUGCCUCAAGUUUUGCCUCUUUAUCUUUGCCAAACCGACGAGCCUCAUCUUGGACCACUUCGUGGGAAAAAACGUCCUAACCACGUACAACAAAAAGCAGCUGAAGGCACUCGUGGAUAUGCACAAAAGCGCAGCCGACAUUCUUCACGAAGACGAAGCGAAGAUCGUCGUCAGCGCUCUGGAAUUGUCCCAAUACAAAGUCAUGCACAUCAUGACGGACAUCGAUUACGUCUUCGGGAUAGACUAUAAUAGCUGUAUUAAUUACGAAACUAUUAAACGGAUUCUAAAGAGUGGAUUCUCAAGAAUACCAGUCCUGAAUAGAUGCAACUCAGAAUGUGUUGUCGGCCUCAUCCACAUCAAGGAUCUCAUAAACAUAUGGUUUGGCAUAAAUAAAAUAAUCUUCGACAACAACUCAUUGGUGCAAUGUAGAAAGAGGAGAGACACCACCAAACAUAAGUAUUACAAGAAGAGAUCCAGAACGGGGAUCUUUCACUUAAUUAAGAUGAAAUCAGAGAAGAUUAGAAUCGCUAAUAAAAUUUAUGCUUACGAUGGGUCUAAGAUUCUUGGUCGUUGCGCUGGCUCCAGUAAGGAAGGCCAGUCAGACAAGUGUAUCGACGUACCACAUCGCUCUAGCCAGUCUUCCACCACUUGGAGCAAUCAGAAAAGGAAAAUACCCGCGUGGAUACAUUCCGCCGGCGCACAUCUCGACGGCGAGAAGCGAAAAGGAUACGACACCGACACAGCAGAGGAUGAAAAUGACUGGGACAGCACCCUGGGAAAGGAAAACGGCGCGGGUGGUGCAGACGAUGGGGAGGAUGAGGCCGAGGAAGAGGAGGCACAAGACGGAGUGGAAAUCCUCGAUCUUAAGGGCAGCGACGAUGAGCACCUCAGCACGGACAGCGAAAUGGAGCCUCCCCAGGAGGCCUCCAACCCGGACGAGGUGAAGAUAAACAUCGACCAGCGCCCCCACCGGAGGGGAGCCAAGCAGAAGAAGCGGACGGACGUGAACAGAGACCAAGGUGGAGGUUCCACUUCAAAUUCGGACACGGAAAAAAAAAGGAAGAAAAAAGUUCAGAUCAACGUGGAGGGGGGUAAAGAGGAGCAGCGCGCCGGCUACAACAACUAUUACGAGGGGAGAAGCGGCCAAGCACAGCAACAGAGGGGUGAACGGGGCAAUCCGGGCACUCGCGACGAACCAGGUAAUUCGGGCCAACGGGACCAGAUCGUGAACCCCUCGAAGCUCCGAGAGCAAAAGAAGAAAAAAGUGAAAAAGAUCUAUAAAAAUCCGUACAGACACAAAAACAGGAACGUAAACUUCGUCGAAUUCCUGUCCGACCAAAUGAUGUUAAGCGGAGAGGACGAGCAGGAAUCCUGCUCUCCCCCCGAAGAGGUUGUAUUCACCGACAUUCAAAAAAGAAUAAGGUACUAUAGCAGAAUGAAUAAGGGAGGAGGAACAGGAAGAGGAGGAGGAAGAGAAAGAGAAAGACGAGGUCGAGAUGGCAACGGUGCCGUUACGAAAACUCUGCAGGGUAAGCCUCGCUCAGGGAAGAGCAGACGAAUGCAGAGUGGGAACAGCGGACAUAGCAUCCCGAGCGGAAAGGGAGCACCCCCCAGUGGAGCUACCACCCAGAGGGGCGUACAAAAUGGGAAGACCCCUCCGAGCGGGAACACACACAAAGCAAACGAUGCAAAUGAUACAAACGAUGCAGACGAUCCAAACGAAUCAGGCAGACGCGGCAGAGGCAGCGCUGCGCGUAGCAGCAUCAGCGACAUCGCCUCAAACCACGGAAGAAACAGAUACAUCUCGCAAAGUAUCAUGUUAAAAGAAAACCUCAAUAAAGAAAAAAACAUGAAACACAUCUUUCUGGACAUAAAAAAUUACAUCCGAAUUUCCCGAAACAAGGACAUUGAGAUCCCAGUCAAGUACAUCUUAAAACACAUCGGCCGAUAUAUAUACGGGGUCGACUACAACGAGAGCAUCCUUUCUCUUCUGAGUUUUUUUAAAAGUGCCAGCAACCACAUUGUGGUGGUCAGGAAAGUCAUCUACGAUGAGAAUGCGGAUCCCAACUAUGCCCACAUUGGCAUUAUCACCCUGGAAGACGUCAUCGAGAUUUUGCUGCAGGAGGAGAUAACGGAUGAGUUUGACUUCCGCAGUGUUAAGAAGGGCACCGACAUACCCUCCAACUUCGUCUGGAAAAACUCCGACGAGUCGCUCAGCAGGGGGGGGCACCUGGACGAAGCAGUCCAAAGUGAAUCGCUUCAAGGUGAGCCAUCCGAAGGCGACUCUCUUCCAAACCAGUCGCUUUCGUCUAUUUCACCGCUUUCAGCGCCACACUCAGCGCCCCCUUCCCAGCGCGCGAGGCCCACCAGGAAGCACAUUCUCAUGCCCAACUGCAAACGGGAACUCAUCAGCUUCCUAAAGGAGAGCGUCUAUUUCAAAUAUAUCGACACACAGCUAAUCAGGAAGUGUAUCCAAAGGAAGAAAAUAAAAACAACUCAGAAAAAUGAAUACUUACUCAAGGAAAACACCUUUUUAAACUACGCAAUCAUCCUAAUGAAGGGGCGUGUGAGAAAUAUAAAAAACGGAAGCAGCAACGUCCAGGAGGACAAGUGCAUCAUUGCGCUGGAGGCCCUUGGCCCAUGCAACAUCAUCGAACUGUUUAAUAGUUCGGACAGCAAGAAGGACUCCCUGCGUCCCAAUUGGCCCUCGCUCUGUAGGGACAGGAGCGACCACCGAAGAAUGGAACACGGCGGUAUGGGCAGCACCAUGGGAAGCGGUCUGCCGAGUCACCCCUCCAGCGGACUCCAUAGUGGCCUCACCAAAACCAACUCCCAUGUCAUUCACAAAAACAUCAACAUUUUAUUUAAGAAGUGGUACACCCAGCACGUGUACUAUAACAAGAGUGCUUGCAUCGCAGAAACCCCCUGCGAGUACAUCAUUCUGUCCAAGAACGAAUACAUGGAUAUGAUAAUCGAAUGCUACAGCAACAACAAGGUGGACGAAAUUAUUGAGGACAACUGA